AUGGUGUGUGUGGACCAGAUACUUACCGGGUCCCGACUAACCCGGUGGUCUCUGAUUGAGAAUCACUUUCUGCUAAGGUCCUGGCAAUUCCAAAGUCGGAAAUUUUCGGAUUCAUCUCACAGUCUAGUUCCAAAUCCGCCACGUGUCGAUCAGCCAUUGGUGAUUGCCCAUCACUACUCGAGUUCCUUUCUUCAUGUGAAGCACUCGUUACCUCACUGUCCUGCUGCUCGAGCGCUAGCUCAAGCUGGUGCACGACCUGAGCCAUCGUGGGCCGACUCUUUGGAUCCUCUCGCAAGCACCUCUCGGAAAUCUGCACGAACGUCUUCAGACUUGCCGGCAAAAUCUCCUCCUUUAGACUCGAAUCCACUAUCUGCUCGACUUCUCCCUUGUUUAUUCUGUCAAGUGCCCAUAUCGUCAAAAUGUGUUCUCCCUCCACCGCAGGCCGCCCGGUCAGCAUUUCGAAAAGCACCACGCCGAAAGCGUACGUGUCGGUUUUCCUCGUCAGCUUGCGCGUGUGGAGUUCUCGUCGAGCAGGAUGUUUGUACUCUUCACGUCUCUGUGUAUGAUUCCGUGGCCGGUGUGGAGAUAGUCGAGCCCGCGCCCUGCCCCGAUGCAGAUUUCGAGACGUUGCUUCCAGCUCAGCGGUGGACAGCUGCCGCUCGUCCUCCGAAGCCUGUAGAGACGGUCGGCCAGCGUGCCACCUGGCAUAUAGUCGUACACGAGAAUCAUUUCCCUGUGCUGCCUCUUGAUUGCGACCGACUUUCGACAUCCUCUGUCGAUGACGAUGAUGCCCUUGUAGACUUUUCCGAAUCCGCCCCUCCCGAUUUGGAGCCCGCCGUUGAAGUCCUGUGUGGCGAAUUGCAUCUCGACCAGCGAAAAACGGCGGCAGAGACGUUCGGCUCUGGCGGAAGGCUGCUUGUUGUCCGGCUCCCGAGCUAA